GCCGCUCAAAGUAUAAUUUUUUUUCCGGGUUAUUCUACAUCUUACCCCAUGUAGAAUCAAUACAGUGAAUAUUGUCAGAAAGGUGAUAGGCACCCUCAAGUUAACUGGGAGCUUAACUAUUGAAACCGUACGAUUCAAUUCAAGAACUUCCUAAGCUAGUACUUGAUGAUUUUGCAUUAUGUGUUCAGUGUUUGCUAACAACACAAACGAAACUUGCCUCCGAAAUGAAUCGAUCGUCAGUGCCCCACAAUGUAUUAGCCUUGUUAAAACCUACGAGGGACUUAAAGUGGUACUUCUGUUUUUCUAUAUUGUGGUGAUGGUCCUAGCAAUUCUCGGUAACACUUUGGUCAUCUAUAUCGUGUACUCCAACAAACCCAUGAGAACCUCUACAAACAUCUUUAUUGUCAACAUGGCCUUCUGUGAUCUUGGGAUACCAUUUUUUGUUCUUCCAAAGAGAAUGUCCGAGUUGUUUGUUGGAAAAUAUGUGUGGCUGAUACCUGGAGAUGUUGGACUUGCUCUCUGUAAACUGCUACCUUUUGUGCACGAUGUUUUUAUUGUCUGUUCUGUCUUCAGCCUGCUUCUCAUCACAUUUGAUCGAUUCUGUGCUGUGUUGCUACCACACAAGCGUCACUUAUUGUCCAAAAAGGUUGUCCUCAUUUCGAUAACUUUUGCCUGGGUUCUUUCUAUCGGCAUUUGUGCUAUCAUUCUAAAAGCUUUCCUCGUUUAUGACGUGAAUGGGAAAAGGUUGUGCAAUUCAUUUUGGUAUACUCAAUCAUACAUGGCAUAUUUUAUUACCAUGAUAUGCUUUAAUAUUUUCAUUCCCAUAGUACUGGUAACAAUAGCUUAUUCAGCUAUUUUCUACAAACUCAAACAUCAUGUUCUUACCAUUGGCGACUCCUUUUCGAACCGCCAAAGACAACAAGAACACCUGCGUCAGAAAAAGAUUAUCAAGAUGGCCUUUGCUAUCGUCUGUGCCUUUGCAGUGUGCUGGUUACCAUACGCAGUUGUAGUAUUUAUCAGAAUCUCAUUCAUUUUUUCAUCGCCAUCGCCGUUUGCUUCUUGUAGUUUUUGGAUAGCUUCCUCAAUUUCCUAUUAUUUCAUGAUUCUCAUCUCAGUGACCAACCCAGCAAUAUGUUUCACAUUUGGCACAUCAUUUCGAGAGGAACUGUGUAAAAUUAUUCGGCGGGUUUUUGGAUGUUGUUUCACUAGAAGAGUUGAGGUGGUGGACAUGGCUAUGUCAGAAGUCAGAUUAUAGCAACGAAAACACGGACGGAACGAAAAACAACAACAACAACAAAAGCAACU